CUUAUUCUUUAUAUUCUCUGACGCUUUCAAGAACACUCUUCAUCACAGCUUGACAAUCCUACCUUUCUGAAGGAUGAAUAUUGACUGCUGAGCUCUCUCUCAAGACCAUGUCGCCAGCCUGGCUAGUCGUCUGCCUCCUGGGAGCCGUCGUAGCGGCCCAGGGGCAGACAGUAAUUAAUAGUAUCAGCCCAAGCUGGGGCACGCUUGGUGGCGGGACACUCCUCGCAAUUCGAGGGAGUGGCUUUGGAGAUAUGUACACGACGAGCAGCGUUGUGUUCGUGGGGCCAUAUCCGUGCGCCAUCAUCUCGCACUUAACAAGUAGUGAAGUGAUAACCUGCGAGACAAGUCCCGGCUCAGCUGGCGUCUACUGGGUGACCGUGGCCGUGGGAGGCCAGGAUCCCGCAACAUUCUGGUCGUUCUCGUAUUCCUCCGACCGGACGCCGACGCUCAAGGCGGUGACGCCAGUGGCCGGGCCCCCCGGAACGCAGGCCUAUCUGUGGGGUGACUCUACGUGGCAGCUCACGAACCAGGACUGCGCGGCGCAGAACUGGGGCGAUGUGUCUUGUGUGGGCAGCAUUAUGUUCGGCGACUGGCAGUGCCGCCAGGACCCCAGCAACGCUGACACGACCAUCCAGUUCUUUGAUUGGAACUACCGCUCGCGUUGGGGCUCGUAUCUGUACCGUGUGGGCUGCACCCUGCCGGUUCCGGAUGCGUCCAAGUCCCAGCCUUCGGUGGGCAUUGCCGGAAACGUCGGCGUCGACCUGCACUUCGACGCCACCUUUCGCGGCGGCCAGCCCCAGCCGCUUGCCAUGUCGUACAAGUUCGACGUGAACGGCAAGCCGUACCAGUUCCAGCUCUAUCCCGAGGUGGCCUCCAUCACCCCUGCUGCCGGCUCCACCGCCGGCGGCACGCUGGUGAAGAUCACCGGCCGUGGCUUCCCCACCUCGGCGCUUGGCAUCCCCAGCCAGAGUGUGGACGUAUCCAUCGCCGGCGUGCCCUGCAAGGUGCAGAGCAGCACUUACGACACGGUCUACUGCAUCACGGGGCCCCAGCCCGACACGCCGCCGGCGUCAGCAACUUCGAUUCGGGGGCUGUACCCUUCCGGCCGCGGCGUUGAGUACGAGUUCUACAACGUCAGCCUCAGCGGUGUCUCGAACCUGUGGCGCCUGAACAAAACCAUCACCGUCGCGAACAAUGGCACCCACUCCACCGCGACCAUCCUGAAGGGCGUCAUGGAGACGCAGCACUUCUCGCAGCCCAACCACUGCACGCGCAUGAAGGCGUUCUUCAUUCCGCCGCGCGCCGGCACCUACCGCUUCUACAUGCAGGCAGAUGACAUUGGCCAGCUCAACAUCACCUACACCGACACCAACAACCAGGUCGUCACGCGCUACAUCAACCUGACCUCCUGGACCGACCUGGACAACUACUUCACCUACUCCUUCCAGGCCUCUCCCAACAUCACGCUGGCGGCCAGCCAGCCGGUGCUGCUGGAGGCGGCACACUGCAACGGCGCCGGGCAGGGCUCCGCGGCCGUUGCGGUGCGCAUGCCCGUGCCCGCGCCCCAGGCCAACUCGCUGGCCGAGGUGCAGACCAUCACCGCCAAGUCGGUGGUGCGCCCCCGCACCGUGUACAUCAAGUACCUGUACGGCGCCGGCGCCAACACCACUGCCAAGCGCGUCACCAUCGCGCACUCCGACGACGCGCGCAUCGACGACCCAGGCUUGGGCAUUGAGAUCAACUUCCGCCUGGGGGCCAACACCACCACCGUCGUCAUCCCCGCCACUACGCCCUCUGCCAACAUUGAUGACAUGAUUGAGGCCGCCUUCGGCGGCAACUUCGUCCUGGGCUCAAACAACGCCCACUUCGGCGUGCGCAAGACGCGUGUGGUUGGAAGCGGCAAGAUGGAGCUGGAGCUGGCGAUGAACUCGGACCGUGCGCUGGCGCUGGACUUCGAGAUCCUCACCGCGCGCCCCGUCAACAUCAGCGCCACCGCCUUUGGCAACUUCAGCCGCGCCGCCUGCACCUGGUUCAACCCGCUGCUGGCGCCGCCCGGCUGGAAUGCCACUGCCGCCGCGCCCGCCGGCGAGCUGCCAGUGGACCAGGGCUACAUGCUACUGCUCCAGAACGUGGCAGCCGUGGCGGCCGUGGUGCCGUCCGGCUCCUUCAGCCUGGGCCUGGCCGGCAGUGCCUCGCCGCUGGUGCUGCCCUUCACCGCCAACACCACCAUCCUGGGCAACGCCGUCAAGAACCUCACCGGCCUCACGCCCGACAGCGUCAAGCUCAACAUCACGGUGCGCGAGGGCACCUACUUCGCCCGCGUGUGGACCGUCACGUUCUCGCAGUCCUCGCUCAACAGCGCGCCCGACCUGAUCGCCGCCCCAGCCGACGACACGCCCGCCGGCGCGGCCUUUGCUGUGGAGACCGUGGCUGCCAACCCCGUGCUGGCCGGCAGCUUCAGCGUCUCCUUCGGCGCCUACUGCGAGUCGAUUGCCAUCAACAUCGCCGACAGCGAGGACACGGUGCGCCUCAAGCUGGCGGCGCUGCCCGGCCUGAACGCGCCCCAGCGCGUGCGCCGCCUGGGCUCGGCCUCGGACGCCAGCGGCCUGCGGUUUGAGGUCACCUUCAACCCGCUGACCAACCCCGGCGACCAGCCCAAGCUGGCCGUGGCGGACGUGUCCGGCCUCACCGGCAUCCGCCCUACCGUGGACGUGACCGUGAACGUGGACGGCUCGUCGGACGCCUUCUACGCGCCGAUCACCACCGAGUUCCUGCGUCUGGCUGUGGCCACGCCCGGCACCAUCGAGGUGGCCGCCAACGGCGUGCCAGCCUCCUGCACCAACUCCUCCGGCGCCUGCGUGUUCGCCUACUCUGACGCCGUCACGCCCAGCAUCACCGCCGUCAGCCCCGGCCUGCUGAGUUUCGACGCCCAGACCACGCUGCCGCUGACCAUCACCGGCUCCGGCUUUGACGGCCCGGCCGGACUGGAGGUCAAGGUGGGCGGCGCGGUCUGCGCUGUGACCGCCUCCUCCGCCACCUCCAUCACCUGCGACGUGCCCCAGACCGCGCCUGCCGGCGUGCGGCUGGUGACUGUCAACGUGAUUGGCCUGGGCUACGCCAAGGGUGCCGCCAACGUCACCCUGGAGACGCUGUACGUGACCGGCGUGUUGCCCUCGCCCGUCGUCACCCUGUCCGGUACCGCCGGUGUGUCCACGCUGGUCAACUUCACCGGCAAGGGCUUUGACCGCCUGCACUGCGGCGCCAACGCGCUGUCCAUUGGCGAGCUGGCGACCGGCGUGGUGGCCUGCGGCGCAGGCUACCUGACCGUGCUCUACACCGGCAACGGCACCGACGCCGCCGCCGCCAACGUGACGGCGCAGGUGUUUGAGGCUGGGGCCGCCAUCGACUGGGAUUCACCCACCGUCUUCACGGUCAACGUGGACGCCAGCGCCGGCCCCGCCGUGACUGGCGUCACGAGCCCCCUGACGAUGUCCGCCUCCGGCGGCGCCGUCACCGUGACGCUGGCCAACGCUGCCGCCGCUGACGUGGCCUCCAUGGCGCUGGUGCCCAAGCUCGCCGCCGCCGACCUGACUGACUUCACCGCCCUGGCCGCCGCAUUUGGCGCCGCCGAGGAGUGCGGCAGCGUCGCCGCCGCUGGCGCCGACGGCGUGUCGUGCCUGGCCGGCGCCAUGACCAACGGCGAGUACCACGUGCUGGUGCGCCUGAGCUCCGGCCUGCAGCUGCUGUCGGCUGCAACCAUCUCCUUUGACAUGGUUGUCACCGCCGUCAGCCCUGCUGCCGGCAGCAUCGGCGGCGGCACGGUCGUGACCAUCAGCGGCAGCGGCUUCAGCCCUGUGGCCGGCGAGAACGUGGUGUUCAUCAACGUGCCCACCUCCACCACCUUCCUGAACGGCAUCAUCCAGUGCAUCACCACGGCCGUGAACGCCACCACGCUGACCUGCGUCACUCGCCCGCACCUGGCCGCCAACGCCGACGCCAGCGACCCCUUUGCGCGCAACCUGGAGCCCGUCGCCACCACCCCCGGCGCGGUGGAGGUAGUGCUGUGCGACCCCGUCACCUACAAUGCCACCGUGCUGCGCGAGUACUGCCGUUCUCGCCCCGACACGCCACGCGCGCGCUACGCCCUGGACGCCAACGCCACCGCCGAGUUCGCCUUCUCGGCCGCGCUGACGCCAGUGGUGCAGGGCGUCAGCCCCGCCCUCGGCUACGGCGGCAUGACCAUCACCGUCGCUGGCCAGGUGCUGGCCGACGUCACUGCCGUGGAGCUGCAGCAGGGCGGCGUGUCCAAGGGCGCGUGCGCCGUGACCAGCGCGGGCAGCGGCGGCGUGAGCUGCACGCUGUCGGCGCUGCCGCCCGGCGCCUACAACCUGGUGCUGAAGAAGGACGGCGGCGAGGCUUCUGUGGACCCGCUCAAGGCCGGCGUCUUCACCUACCAGCCCGUCAUUACCGACGUGUCCGCCAACGCCGGCUCGCUGGCAGGCGGCAUGCCGCUCACGCUCACCGUCGGCGGCGCCGGCCUGGCGCUGGGCCCCAACAACGCCACCGCGCACGUGGUCACGGUGGCGGGCCUGCCCUGCAACCUGACGGCCGUGGACGGCGCCGCGGGCACGGUGACGUGUCUCACGCCCGCCAUCACCGGCUGGAUCUAUGCCGAGUACUGGAACCUGGCGUCCGACAUCUACACGCUGCCAGACCUGCUCGGCUUUACCAAGCCCGCCGCGACCAAGCUGGAGAGGGCCGGCGGCACCACCACCACCGCCUCCACCGCGCAGCUGCUGGACUGGGGCACCGACUCGCCCGCGCCCGGCAUCAUCAACACCAACUACUUCGGCGCUCGCCUCACCUUUUACAUGCAGAGCCAGCAGCAGGAGAAUGUGACGUUCUACCUGAACGCCGACGACGCCGCGCGCCUGUACAUCAAUGACGACCUGGUGGUCAGCACCUCUGGGUCCGGCUCUACCUCCUCGGCCUGGAAGCUGAUCGAGACCGGCAUCUACAAAAUCGUCAUCACCUACGUGGAGUGGACCGGCGCCGCCAGGAUCAACCUGCAGGUGGCCUCGGCCAACCUCACCACCGGCGUGCUGCUGGGUUCCGCCCAGCCGCUGGGUUGGCAGAAGGUGUCGCCCGUGCCGCCCGGCACGCAGCUGCCGAUCGAGAUGUCCAUCAACGGCGUGCCUGCCGUGGCGGCCUGCCCCCAGAAGGACCUGCAGCUGCAGCAGCCCACGUCGCCCCUGAUUGGCGCCGAGCCCCCCACCGCCAGCACCCCCAACGGCACCUGCGCCUUCGUCUACUCCACCUACCUCACGCCGCAGCUGAUGGCUGUGAAGACCCUCAUCGGCACCCUGAUUCCCAAGGGCAUCACGCCCAACUCCGGCCCCAUUCCCUACUCGAACGUGGACCUGUACGCCAACUUGACUGUGCCCAGCUCCGACAUGAGCAAGGUCAAGGUGAUGAUUGACAACGAAGCCUGCAACCUCACCAGCCUGGCGGACGUGAACGUGACCAGCUACACCAGGAUCAACGGCGCCUUCGUGAACUUCACCGUGCAGAAGGUGAGCUGUUCGGCGCCCUUCCUGCCGCCAGGCACCGCGUACCCGGUCCGCAUCAUGGUGGACGGUCGUGGCUACACGCGCUCCAUCGCCUCGUUCCUCAACAUCCUGCCGGAGACCGCCUACACCACCAGCUGGGCCCUGACGCCUACGAUGCCAGUGCGGGGGGUCAGCACCUGCCUGAUGUCCAUGUACGGCGGCGCCGCGGUGCAGCUGGUGGGCCAGGGCGGCAUUCCCGGCGUGGUGGACGUCGCGCGCAGCCGCAGCAUGGGCGCCAUCUUCUCCCCCAACCCCUGCUACGCCAUGCCCGGCGUGCUCUGCGACGCCAUCAACAGCAACAGAACGUCCUGGUCCGCAACCUGGUCCAACGGCUCGUCUGCUGAGUACUUUAUCAAGCGCUACCGCACUUCCGGCGGACCGAGCGGCAUCGCCGGCAACAACACCGUGAUAGGGUCCGCCCGCUUCCUCCCCGUCAUCGUCAACACCGCCACCGGCGCCGUGACGGACAACAACAGCGGCAAGGCCUUCCAGAUUGACGCUUGCGGCGGCCGCACGCCCAACAUCACCUCAAUCCUGCCCGGCCUGACCGUGGGCGGCACCGACGGCGCGCUGCUGAACAUAUCGUGGGGCUUCACCAACCUGGGCGCGCCCAUGGUCAGCGUCCCAUUGAUUGGCUCGGCCAGCGUGGGCGUUGUGGAGCUGGAGAGCGCUGGCGGCGUGCUCAUUCCGUGCGCGAACGGCACCGCCUGGUUGGCCAACUCGCCCAACUCCACUCUGUACAACGAGGGGCUCACCUGCAGCCUGCCGCCGGCCGUGCCCGCCUCCACCUACACGCUGUGGCUGUGCACCCGGCCGUGGGGCUGCGGCUACGCGCCCACCUUCACCGUGCCGCUGGUGGUGUCGAGCAUCAGCCCGACCACCGGCAGCAGCGCCGGCGGCACCCUGGUGACCAUCACCGGCAGCGGCUUUGACACGGUGCUUUCCCGCAUGAACGUGAGCUUCGGCGACUCAGCCUGCCGUGUGAUCAGCAGCAACGGCUCGGUGCUGACCUGCCUCACCACCGGCCUGCCUGCACGGCCCGCCGCGCCCACGCCCCUGUCCCUGCGCCUCACACCCACGCUGGGCGCGGCGAUGUACACGAACAACACCCUGUCCUUCACGUUUGACCCCGCGCUUGAGGCCGUCAUCUACAGCCUGUACGCGACCAAGGACGGCCGCAGCCCCGCGCGCGGCUCCACCGAGGGCAACACCAGCAUCACCAUCAACGGCACCAACUUUGCGCUGGGCGUGGCCACCACCAUCACCAUUGGCGACAACAUCACCUGCAACUCCGUGACCGUGCUGGACGAGGGCACCAUCACCUGCCUCACCCCCGCCCCGCCCGCCGGCGUGCUGCGCACGCCGCUGCCUGUGACGGUGUUCCAGGAGGGCCGCGGCGUGGCGCGCGGCGCCGUGACGUACCAGUACAUUGACCUGUGGAGCCGCAGCACCACCUGGGGCGGCGGCCCGCUGCCGGACGAGGAGUCGCUGGUGGUGAUCCCCUACGGCCUCACGGUGCUGCUGGACGUGUCGCCGCCGCUGCUGCACACGCUGGUGCUAGAGGGCAACCUCAUCUUUGACGAGGCCACGCUGCACCUGCAGGCGCGUUACAUCAUUGUCAAGGGCGGCAACCUGACCAUCGGCACGCCCGACCGCCCCUUCCCCGACAACGUCAACGCCACCAUCACCUUCCACGGCCUGCCCAGCUCCAAGGACCUGCCCAUGUACGGCGCAAAGUCCCUGGCGGUGCGCGACGGCCGCGUGGUCAUGUACGGCCAGCCCAAGCUGCCGCUGUACACCAAGCUCAACGCCACCGCGGGCCCCAACGCCAACUCCAUCACCGUCAACGGCCUGACCAACUGGAAGGUGGGCGACACCAUCGUCAUCGCCAGCAGCAGCUUCUACGCGUGGGAGGUGGACGAGGUGACCAUCACCACCAUCACGCCCACCGCCGACGGCAACACCGUGUUCGGCGUGUCGCCGGCGCUGCAGUACACACACCUGGGCGUCAUCCACUCCCAGGCCGGCGUGGCCGCGCCGCUGGACAUGCGCGCCGAGGUGGCGGUGCUCAACCGCAACAUCCGGCUGACCGGUGAUGCCGACUCGGAGAAGUACAUGUACGGCAUGCAGAUCAUGGUCAACAGCCCGUCGUACCUGCCGCGCGCGCUCCUGCAGCUGGACAAUGUGGAGGUGACGCAGUCGGGCCAGGCCUUCCGCCUGGGCCGCUACUCGAUCCACUGGCACAUGCACGGCGACGUCGCGUACCAGUCCUGGGUGCGCGGCUGCUCCAUCCACCACACCUACAACCGCGCCGUCACCAUCCACGGCACGCACCGCGCCAUCAUCGCCGGCACGCUGGCGUACAAGGCCAUGGGCCACACCUUCUUCCUGGAGGACGGCGUUGAGAGCGGCAACAUCCUGGAGAACAACAUCGGCAUCUACACCCGCACCUCGGACGCGCUGCUCAACACCGACACCACGCCCGCCACGUUCUGGAUCACCAACCCCAACAACACCGUGCGCAACAACGUGGCCGCCGGCAGCCAGGCCUACGGCUUUUGGUACCGGCUGCUGGACAACCCGGAGGGCCCCUCCUUCACCACCACCGUGUGCCCCAAGUUCACGCAGAUGGUGCAGUUCUCCAACAACACCGCCCACUCCAACAUGUUCUACGGCCUGCGCAUCCACCCCGAGUACUACCCGCGGAACGACCCCUGCAAGGGCUUCUCCGGCACCUUUGCGCAGACGCCCGCCAUCUUCACGGGCCUGACCGCCUACAAGAACGGCAUGAAGGGCUUUGUGGGCACGCAGAUGGGCCUGGUGCAGCUGACCAACGCCGUGCUGGGCGACAACGGCGGCGGCCCGCUGGCGCACAUUGUGAACGGCAAGGACAACGGCGGCGACGCCGAGUUCUCCUGGAUCGUGGACGACCGCAACCGCUUCAACAUCAACAUGACCGACAUGGCUGGCAUCAUCAACGCCACCAUUUAUGCGCGCACCAGCAGCGGCACCGGCGCCGCCGCCGGCUCCGCCGCGCAGUGGCCCUCGGGCCGCCGCGUGACGGGCCUGAUCACGCAGAGCCCCGUCAAGGGCGACAGCAAGCACUCGGCGCUCAUGUCCGUCAUCAACGUGACCUUCGUGGACUUUUCGCCCACCACCUCCGGCUCGGGCUUCUCCGCGCUUGAGGCGUGCGGCAAGUGCAAGACGUUUCAGGGCGGCUCCACCGCCUUCACGUCCGGCCUCAAGUUCGUGCAGAGUGACGGCGGCAAGCCCAUGCUCAGCUACUGGUCGUGGGGCCACCAGGGCAUCUACCAGGACACCGACGGCUCGCUGCUGAACGCCCAGACGCUGCCGUCUCUGCCCAGCAACUUCUCUCUGGGCCCCGGCGCCACCUGGCACUCGGCUGUGGACAACAACCUGUUUGAUCCCGCCGAGUGCGUGUACAUGCGCGGCACUGCCACCUCCAACGACGGCGCGUACUGCAGCCCGGCGCUGCAGUUCCGCCGCGUGAUGCUCAACCGCCACGACCCCGAGAGCCUGGCCUUCCGCAACCUGCGCGUCACCGCCACCGCCACCAACCGCACCUCGCUGGUCUACUUCACCGUCUACAACGAGCACGGCUACCAGUUCACGGUGCCCGUCAACCGCAACUACUGGGUGCACUGGGACAGCGUCUUCCGCGUUGACCCCAGCUCCUUCACGCUGCACAAGCUGGACCUGCUCAGCCCCAACCACUUCGUGUACCUGACCACCAAGCAGAUCCAGAAGCGCGACCACUUCACCGUGAACAACAAGGAGUCCAACCUCACCGCCAUCCCCGCGCCGCUGCCCACCACGCCGCACGGCGCCUUCUUCUACAACAAGAACUUCACGCUCAACACCUGGUGGUGGUCCAACAACACCUACAACGACACCGCUAUGACGCUGCUGGCCGCCGGCCCCACCGACACCGAGCUGGAGGUGGACGCCUACGCCUGCCCCGCCGCCGGCUGCAACGCUCUGCCCGACGCCGUGGUGGACAUCCGCAACUCCACCCUGUACUGGUCCAACGUCACCACCUGGGCCGGCGUCACACCUGACGAUCUCAAGCCUGCCGCCGGCUCCAACCUGACCAUCCCCUUUGGCUGGGACCUGGUCAUUGACGAGUCGCCGCCCGGCCUGGACCGCUUCGUCAUCCAGGGCACGGUGCGCUUCGACCCCACCCGCGACAUCACGCUGUCCGCCACCUACAUCCUGGUCAUGGGCAAGGGCGUCCUGAGCGCCGGCACCCCCACCGCGCCGCACCCGCGCGCCGCCACCAUCCGGCUGCUGGGCGGCCGCGCCACACCCGACUUUGCGCUGGACAACACGCUCAACCUGGGCAGCAAGGUGCUGGCGGCUGUGCGCGGCGGCACCAUCGACCUGCACGGCCGCCCCGCCACGCAGAGCCGCUGGCUCAAGCUGGGCGCGUCCGCCUUCCCCGGCAACUCCAGCAUCAUCCUGGCGCACGGCCAGCACAACUGGACCGUGGGCGCGACGGUGCUGGUGGUGUCCACCAGCUACAACUGGAAGGAGGGCGAGAUGCGCAACAUCACGGCCAUUCGCAGCAACGGCACCGAGUUGGUGCUGGACACGCCGCUGCAGUACCGCCACAGCGCCGCCUUCAAGGCCUACGCGGGCGGCCCCACAGUGGACAUGCGCGGCGAGGUGGCGCUCAUCUCCUCCAACGUGCUGGUCACCGCCGACGACGGCCCCGCCUCCCACAACAACGCCAGCGAGCUGUUUGGCGCGCGCGUGGUGGUCAGCGGCAACUCCACCGGCCGCUUCACCGGCAUCGCCAUCCACUACUGCGGCCAGGCCGGCCUGCCCGACCGCGCCUGCGUGUUCUUUGACCGCCUGGCGCGCGUCAAGGUCUCCAACACCACUGGCAACGGCACCAACGUCACCACCACCGAGACGGCGGUCGCCAACCCCAGCCGCCUGGCGCGCAGCGCGCUCAUCUGGGGCAUGAACAGCAACGUUCGCAUCGGCGGCAUGGCCGGCACCACCGACGGCGCGGCCGUGGUGGAGAACGUCAUGUACGAGGCCUUUGACCAGAGCAGCGUGGACGUGGCCACCACUGGCAACACCAUCAAGGGCAACCUGGUGGUGGGCACCAUCAAGGACAUGAGCGGCAAGUCCACCCAGGACACCAUCAUGCCCGUAUCUUUCGACAUCCAGGAGGCCGAGAACUGGGUGGAGGACAACGUGGCCGCCGGCUCUGAGCGCUACGGCUACACCUACUGGGGGCUGCCCUGCUCCGACACCUUCACCAGCGGCUCCUUCCGCAACAACACCGCGCACGGCUGCCUGGCGGGCCUGUGGUUCCGCGCCAGCAGCGACGCCGUGACCGACGGCUGCGCCGCGCUGCGCAACUUCACCACCUACAUGAGCUGGGACUUCGGCAUCAUCUCCACGCGCGGCCUGCCCGUGGACGCGCUGUUUGAGGACGUGAACAUCCUGGACACCAAGCACAGCGGCAUCACCAUGCUGCGCGUGGGCGGCUUCACCGAGCAGGCGGAGCUCACCUGGAACCGCGGCGUCCUGGCUGGCCAGGCCGGCCCCGAGGUGUGCAGCGCCUGCACCACGCUGGGCCAGAGCAGCUGCCCGCCCAAGUUCAGCAGCCAGUCGUACAACAAGGCGCUGCCCUUCACGCCCGCCGUGGGCCUGCAGUCUGCCAUGUUUGCGCUGGGCUUCACCAUCGGCCCCGAGAAGAAGCCCUACGACAAGCCCAUGGGCUACUCCAUCGUGCACGGCAUGUUCAACAUCAGCGGCGUCACCAUUGCCGACUUCAAUGGCCCCGCCGGCUGCGGCGGCCAGCAGGCCUUCGCGCUGGCCAACCAUCCGGAGUCGCCUGAGGCAUUCUACCCGCACCUGUUCAGCGGCAUGAACGUGAUCAACGUGCCCACCGGCCUCAGCCAGGGCAUGUUCUUCCACACGCCGCCCGACCCGGCCUGGCGCAACGAGGCCGACUGCGGUGAGGCCAGCUUCACCCGCCCCGACGGCACAGUCAUCCCGCUCAACUGCGCUGGCCCCGCCCACGCCUACUGGCGCGACCUGGACGGCAGCCUCAUCGGCGGCGGCGACCCCUCCGCCAAGGGCACCAUCAGCGGCAUCUACAAGCCCGGCCCGCGCGUGUUCGCCUUUGACCAGGGCACGCCCGUCACCCCCGGCGCCUGCACCUUCUCCUCCGCCAUCAACUCGUACCGCUGCGCCUACAACUCCAGCAGCUUUGACGGCACAGUGCUGGACGUGCGCAACAAGCCCAACCCGGUGCCUUCCGCCGGCAUCUGGGGCGACCCGCAGCACUUCGUGCUCGAGUCGCGCGACGCCGACUCCGAGGACCGCAACUUUGGCCCCGUGUUCUUCAACGUCAGCGGCGCCAUUGACGUGGUGACCGCCGCCAUGGACCACGGCUGGUGCUUCGCCUACACCUGCCAGAAGCGCCUGUCCACCUUCUGGACGCACCUGCCGGCCGGCCAGACCGCCUACGUCAACUUCACCGGCACGCCGUCCCAGAACUUCCGCCUGUGGUGGCCCUACGCCGACGCCGAUUCGGAGAUCGUGCUGGUGAUCAACAUGCUGUACACGCUCAACCGCCGCUUCGUGUACCUGCCCUCGGGCCAGGGCCUGCCGGUGUCGGGCCGCAUCUCGGCCCAGACCGCGCCCGUCAAGGUCGGCGACGGCAGCGGCCACGGCGCCUACUUCUGGGACCAGGACAACACACUGUUGUACGUCAAGAUGAAGGGCGGCAAGCGGCUGGAGAUCCGCACCGAGUCGGCCGUGCUCAUCCAGCAGUCGUUCGCGCUGACGGUGGACCAGUUCUACAGCGUGCAGGCGCUGUUCCUCACCAGCCUGGCCUCCGCCAUGAACAUCAGCACCGACCGCAUCUACAUUGCCAAGGUGGUGCCCGGCUCCGCCGUCGUCACCACUGCCAUUGGGCCGCAGGCCUCCACCGCAGUGGACUUGCCAGAGCCCAACCUGGCGGCGGCGUCCGACCCCAGCGACGGCCCGGCGGACCCCAACGCCGUGCCCGUCAGUGCCGGCCCGGCCGCGCCCAUCCCCGACACCAGCAGCGACGUGAAGACGGACCUGGUGAACGCCGUGAAGUCGUACAUGGCCGUGGUCAGCGGCCCCAACGCCGCCACCUCCCUCGGCGGCAUCACGCCGCUGGGCGCGCCGGUUCUGGACACGUCCGCGCUGUCGGUUGUGGACUCCACCCUGGCCCAGGACGUGGUCGGCCAGUUGGCCCAACUUGGCAUCACUGUCCCCGUCAGCACUGGUGGCAGCACCGGUGGCAGCACUGGCGGCAGCACUGGUGGCAGCACUGGUGGCAGCACUGGUGGCAGCACUGGCGGCAGCACCGGGGACAAUGGCAGCUCCACCCCCACAGCUAGCCCCGUCCCCACGCCGACGCCCACGCCGACGCCCACGCCGUCGCCCACCACUGGCGACACCACCACCACCGACACCACCACCGACCCCAACAAGAACGGCAACGGCAACAACGGCAGCAACAACAACAGCGGCGGCGGCAGCGGCUCCGGCGCUGACAGCGGCACUGGCACCUCGCCCGCGCCCGGCACCGGCGCCGGCGCCAGCACCACCGGCUCCAACAGCAGCGGCCCGUCCGACCAGACCAUCAUCACCAUUGUGGUGGCCGUGGUGGGCGGCUGCAUCCUGGCCGGCACCGUGGCCGUCGCCGCCGUUAUGGCCUCACGCCGCGCCGCCGCCAAGCGCCGCCGCGAGGAGGCCGGCCUGCCCGGCGCCUCGCCCUCCGCCACCAACGCGCGCCGCAGCUUCACCGCCAUGGACAACGUGGCCGGCUCGCCUAGCGGCACGCCGCUGUUCAUCCGCAGCAGCGCCGCCGGCCCCGGCGGCAGCCACAGCAGCGGCCACAGUGGCCGCGAGGCCUUCACAAUCACCAACGCCGCCUACGAGGCCCCCGCGGAGCGCAAGGCGCGCCUCAGCCAGAUGGGCCAGCCCGCGCUGGAUGAGAUGGAGGUGGACAGCGACGGCAACCCGGUGUCGCCGGCCGCCCACUCCCGCGCCGCCGUCCUGGCCGCCGCGCCCGGCGUGCGCCCCGGCUCCCGCCCAGCCAGCGCCGGCGGCUCUCGCCCAGGCACGCCCGGUGGCCCGCCGCGCAUUGACGCCAGCGGCACCACGCCGCGCGUGUCGCAGUCGGGCUCCCUGGCCGCAGGCUACAACGUCAACCCCGCCGAGGUCAUCCGCCCGCUGGUGUCGCCGCACGUGCACCCGCGCUCGCAGCCCAUCAACUCGCUGCCGCCGCUGCCGCCGCCGCUGGGCCCCAUCACCGGUCCCGACGGUUCCGCCGACGUGGGCCCGGCGCUGGCCGGCGGCGCCCGCGCCAAGUCGCCCGCCAGCCUGGGCCGCAACGACAGCCUCAGCCGCAACAGCGCGCCCAACCCCUCCUUCAAGGACCUGGCCACGCACCUGGGCGCCGAGGCCGGCUCGCACCCCUUCGCCGCCGGCGCCGGCGGCGUGGAGCACAGCACGCACAGCGCCUCGUCCGGCCGCCGCGUGUCGCAGUUGGAGGGCCUGACCCGCACCGCGGUCGCAGACCCGCGCGUCACGCCCAACCGCCCCCACAAGCUGCCUGCCAUUGAGAGCGCCGCGGCGUUUGCCGCCACCGGCGGCUCGGCCGGCGGCGGCGCUGUCAUGUCCGCCGCCGGCACCGGCGCCGCCAUGACCGCGGCCAGCCCGCGCGGCAGUGGCGCCGCCAGCCCCUCGAACGCGCCCGCCUCGCCGGCCCGCGCGGCUGGCGCCGCCGCCUCGCCGCCUGUCACGCCCUCGGCCGUGGCGGUGGAGAGCACCAACGAGGUCGUCAACAUCCACCGCACCCUGGAGACCAUGGAGUCCUUCAUGCCCGCCCGCCGCGCUGCGCGCGCCAGCACCGGCACCGUCGGCAUGGGUGCCGCCAGCGGCGCGCCGGGCUCGCCCUCGCUGAUGCCCAACCGCGGCACCAGCAUGAUCGCCGGCCCCGACUCGCGCGGCCGCUCCGCGGCUGACUUGGGCGCCCGCCCGCCCUCCGCCGGCACCGGCGCCGGAGCUGAGCAGCCGCCCUCGCGCCCGCGCACCUCCGCUGCCGCGCCCGAGGGCGGGCACGCCAUGAUGCUGCCCGGCGGCAUGGCUGAGUUUGCGGCGUCGCCGUCGCUGCUGCGCAGUGACGUGGCGGCGCUGAUUGUGGGCGGCGGCCUCGCGGGCGGCCACGAGGUGGCGGGCGAGGAGGCAGAGGACUCGCCGGCGGCGGGGCGCGCCGCUGCGCGCUCGCCGGCUGGCCUGCACUCGGACAGCAUGCGCCAGCGCCACGCCAACUAAGCGGAUGUGGGCAGGCGGGAGUGCCGUGAGAAAGGAAACACGUGGGCAGUCUGUGUGAUUUGAUUACUUGAGCUUGGACAGUGUGUGACGAGAUCGUGCAGGUUGUGGAGGAGAAGCGGACGGACAGUACAAGUGGCAUGGCCGGGCGCGCAACACGCAACGGAGCAGGCAGGGAUAGGAGCCUCGGCUGCUGCCAGUCGAUGGACAAGUGGACUGUACAGCUAAUUCUUGAGAUUGAGGGUUGCGCAAUUUACCAGGGCAGGGGGCGGUAUAUUUUUUGGCGAUAUGCUUUGUUACUACGGCUCCGAAAGCUAGGCGAAGCCCCGGCCUUCCGGAAGGUAGGGCUACAGCGGCGUGGCGCCUGUGAUUCCGCCCGCAGCCUUGUGCGGGAACAAAUCACGUCUGUGCACCGUACAUAUGCUGAUGCUCCGCAUGCACGAUUGUUUGCCCAUUGGUAGUGACCUUGAGAUGUACACGGAUUACAGUUGAGCGUUGUGUGUUAUUGUGUUGCGUGUUUUGUCCGGGGCCGCAACCAGGCCUUGCCGUGACCGUAUAAGAGUAGCCGGACACCGAUUGCUGAAAUACUGCUUGACGUGACGGUCGUAGAAAGGAUUGUAGACGGUAAAGGCUAAUCAAUUAAAGAUGCCUGCCAUCUCGGGCUGCCGGCGUGUGGCGCAUGGCGUCCUCGAUGGCAGGCGGGCCAGAGUUACACCGUGGCAGCUGUGUUUGUGACUUUGCAUGCGGUGAUGUAGUUCGGGACAAACAAAGAUUCCGUUGUGCGGCACGCAUUUGCGCAGCCCAAGUGCGCUUUGCACCGCAACAGGAACUGGAACUUGGUGCGCACAUUCAGUGAAGAACAGUCCGCGCGUGCAUGUGGUUGAGGUGCAAUAUCGCUGUGGAACACCAGCGUGCCCGACAGAACCAUCAAGCUCAUGUCCGUGAUGACUCUGAUUUUCGCACCGCACGCAGCUGAAAUUGAUUGCGGCGUGUGUGUGCUUGAUAUUAUGUGGGGCUCGGCUGCAGGUCGUGCUGGUCAGGGUCGUGGCGUGCUGGUCAGGGGUCGUGGCAAGGGCUCGUGUUCGCGUGCAGGCGACACACGCGGCCUGCUCCGGCUCGCCGCCGGCAGUGGAAACACCGCCUCGGAAGCACAGCGCGGACCUGAGAAGCACCUUAUUAAGUGUGUGUGUAUGAAAGGACGUCAAGUGAGCGCCUGAAAGUUAACGGCGCGCCCAUUCAAAAUAAAUGCUGUAAGACGUCAUGUGG